AUGUCCGUCAAAGGUCGUGUUGCCAUCGUCACUGGUGCAGGAGGAGGUCUUGGACGUGAAUAUGCCCUCUUGCUCGGAAAGCUAGGAGCCAAAGUGGUAGUGAACGAUUACGGCGGUACCCUCGAAGGCCAAGCUGGAACCAUUACAAGAGCCCAGUCAGUGGUAGAUGAGAUCAAAGCGGCUGGCGGCAGUGCCAUUGCCGACGGGCACGACGUUUCUAUUCAAACACAAGCUCAAGCCAUCGUCGCCAAAUGCCUCGCUGAGUACGGCCGUGUUGACAUCCUCGUCAAUAAUGCCGGUAUUUCUGGGAAGCCGAGCUCUCACGCAGCGCUCGAUGCACCGGCGUUCAUGAGGGUCAUUGAAAUUGGCGUCCUAGGAACGCAGCUCAUGACAAGUGCUGUUUGGUCUACGAUGGAGAAGCAAGGAUACGGUCGCAUCGUCAAUGUAUCGUCAGAUGCCAUCAUUGGAUUCGGUGCGGGUGGCGACUGCGCGUAUUCAGCUUCCAAGGGCGCAGUGUAUGCCAUCACGCAAGAUCUUGGACGCUUUGCCCCGUCAUGCGGAAUUAAGCUCAACGCCAUAUUGCCUUCGGGCGCAUCACGAAUGGGAGAUCUCUCAGAGGCUUCAAAGAUGAUCACUCAGACAUACUUCGAAACCAGAAAAUGUGCGCCGUUACUUGUUGCCUUGUGUGCUGAUGAGUGCCCGGUAUCUGGGGUGUGUAUCGCUACGGGUGCUGGAAGAGCUGCUCGUGUUGCACUGGCGACGUUCCCUGGACAUACGAAUGAAACGACAGCAGAGGGAUUUCUGGAGAAUUGGACUAAGGUUAUGGGUGAUGAGAAGGAUGUUUACAUUCCCAAGGAUACUUUAGAUCAUGUACGGUACGGAGUUCGCUUGGCGUCUGGACUAGAGGUGCCUGAAUUGCCAUCAUUGGGCAUUAUACCAAGUACUAGCAAAUAA